AGGAGCAUAAAAGGGGCGGAGGUCCAGUCUUUGCCCCGAGACCUGAUUGAGGUCGGACCUGGCCAUGGGUGCUCUGCUGCUGGGUCUCCUGCUGGUGGCCUGGGGGACCGCAACGAUCGCAGUCUCCCUGGCCCUGCCCUCCUCGCCUUCUCCCCUGGCUUACAUGCUGAAGCUCUACCGUGGGCACCAGCCCCGUGCCUCCAUCGUCCGCAGCCUGCAGUCGCAGGAUGUGGUGAUGGUGAGCCAACACUGGACUUUUGCCUUUGAUUUUUCCUUCUUGAGCCAAGAGGAAGACCUAGAGUGGGCCGAGCUUCGGAUCCAGCUGCCCCCGUCGGCGGAGCCUCCUGCAGAGGCCCCGCUCUUGGUAGAGAUCUUUCACCAGCCAAGGUGGGAGCUGGAGGACAACUCCUCGGCCCCCUGCCUCGAGCGCCGGCAGCUGGCUUUGUUUGUGGUCACGGCCUCCCAGGUCACCUUCUCCGCUGACGGCAUGGUCCUGGAGGUCACGGAGCCCCUCUCCAGGUGGUUCAAGGCCCUGAGUGACCCGGAGGAGAUGCUGGCCUCAACAGCGGAAGGGAUGGCUGCAGCGGGCCCCGACUGCAGGCGCCGGCCCCCAGAGCCUCCCGUCUCCAACGUGCUGCUCAUGCUCCACUCCAACCUCUCCAAGGAGCAGAGGCGCUGGGGAAGCUCCACGCUGCUGUGGGAGGCCGAGAGCUCCUGGAGGGCCAAGGAAGGCAGGAUCUCACAGGAGGAGAAGCACAGGCGACACCCUCCUCGACACCGGAAGUGGACUGAGCACCAGCACUGUAGGAAAGUGAGGUUCACAGUGGACUUUAACCUGAUAGGCUGGGGCUCGUGGAUCAUCUACCCCAAGCAGUACGAGGCCUUUCGCUGCGAGGGAGAAUGCCCCAACCCCGUGGAAGAGAAGUUUCGGCCGACCAACCAUGCCUACAUGCAGAGCUUGCUGAAGUUCUACCAGCCCCAGCACGUGCCCUCCACGUGCUGUGUUCCCGUGAAGACCAAGCCCCUGAGCAUGCUGUACUCGCAGAACGGCAACGUCUUCCUGGAUCACCACAAGGACAUGAUCGUAGAGGAGUGUGGGUGCCACUGAGGAGACGCUCAAAGACGCUACGGGUUAUUUCAGUUUAACUCCCAACUCUCCGUCGGUGGUGGAGUGCGGCUGGGCUGUGGAGGGCCCGGAGGGCGCCAGUCACUGGGCUUACACGGCUUCCCAGAUUCAGUGCCCACCGGAGACGACAUGAUUUGAAUCUGGCUUAAGAGACCAGUUUUGGAGACAAUGGAGCACACGAGCUCCAGGUCAGGGGCUGGCCCUGUUUCUUCUUCAUGGAAGGGGUCUUUUCUGGGGCUGGUACCCCAGGAUGGUGCUGGGGAGGACGGGAAGGGGAAGCUGUGUGAGCAUGAGCUGGUCUCUGCCAAGGAACUGUACAGAGCAAUAAAACAUGAAGCUUCUCCCAGGGGGCUCUCUGGCAUUUAAUGGAAAAAGUAAAAACCUUCUCUGGGAGGUUUGGGCAUAGACGACUUUGGAAGAUGGAAGCAAGGUGCUGCCACCUUCUCCACUGGUGCUUGGGCCCCUAGAGCCCCCAGGGGAAACACAAUGCAUGCCUGUCUCAAGGUGACAGUAUUUCUUAAAGUGGCCUUUAAGGGGGCUUCCCAAGUUUCCGAGCUGAUACAGCCCAAACAGCCCUGGCCUGAGGUUCUGAAAAUCUGAAUUCAAUCAGUUCUACCAUUUACUAGUGAACUGACUUUCCCUCCCCAAGCCAUGGUUUUCUCAUGUGAAAUGAUGGGCGUGGGCUAUGUAAUUUCCAAGGCCUUUUCCAA